AUGACGAUGGAUACUGCACCUCCUUCCGGGGCAAAUAUCGCGCACUUCCCCACGCUGGACGCUGCCAAACUGCUCCAGCGGGACGAAGGAGAGAUCCAGAACCUGCUGCAGGCGUGCAAGACCUAUGGCUUCUUCUCAUUGAAUCUGGCCACGACCGAGACGUCGUAUAUGAUCGACGCCUGGAACGAUGUUCUUGCGUUUAUGGAUGCGUACUUCGACCAGCCUAGCGAGGUGAAGCUCAAGGAUGAGCGCCAUAGUGAUAUCCACGGCUACGAGCCUUGCGGUACUUCCACUGGUGCUACUGACGAGCGUCUCGACCACUAUGAGAGUCUGAAGGUCUGCCUGCAGAUCUCCUUCACGGAAUGCAAGUGUCGCAGCGAGAACCUUGCCCCGGCCCUGAAGCAGAAUCUCCCACUCUUCGAGACCUUCAUCGGAGGCGCCCACCGUCUGGUGAUGACCCUCCUCGAAUGUCUCACCCAGGCCCUGGGCAACCAGAUCCCCGCGCCGCUGGAGUCCUUCCAUGACGAAUCCCAGCCGACGACCAGCACAAUGGCCAUGUUCCGCUACCCCCGUCAGACGGAGGAAGAGGCAGCCAAGGGCGUUGGACACAACAAACACACGGACAUCGGCACCUUCACCUUCCUCCUGUGCCGGCAAUGGGGUCUGCAGGUUCUCUCGCCCGUGGAGAACAAGUGGCUGUACGUGGCGCCCAAGAAGGACCACGCCAUUAUCAAUGUUGGCGAUUCUCUGCGCUUUUUGACCGGCAACCGCUUGUUAUCUGCUGUCCAUCGCGUGCUGCCUUUUACCCAUCGCCAGCUGGAGCAUAGGCAUUCUAUCGCCUUCUUUUUGCGGCCGGCUGAUAAUACCGUUUACCGGGAUUCGAAAAACCGGCUUGUCACUGCCCGUAGCUGGCAUGAUGAGAAGUUUGAUCACUUUCGGGCUUCUCACGAGAAGCAAUCUGCCGAGUGUAUUCUUACUGGGGGGAUGGAGAGGUCGGAUCGGAUUGUUGCUUUUCCCUCUGCUUAG